CCCAGACGCUCUCUCAGUCUGUCUCUUUCGCACGAUCUUUCACGCCAAUUAAUUCCAUUCCAACCCGAGACGAGAUCCAGGCAAUUCCCCCCUCCAGAAACCAUGCCUGCCAAACGCACAGCCGCCGCCACCGGCCCCGUCCCCGCGCCCUCGCCUCCAACUAUACCCUCAUCCUCAACCACCACCACCGCUGCUGCCUCGCCCUCCUCCUCCCUUUCCUCCGGCCCCAAGACCCUGACCACCAACUCCUCCGUCCUCGACAUCGCCCACACCGUGUGGCAGCAAUACCUCGCCACCACCCCGCAGCGCACGCUGCUGCUCGACGCCUUCAUGGGCUUUCUGGUCCUGGUCGGCGGCGUGCAAUUCCUCUACUGUGUUCUGGCCGGCAACUACCCUUUCAACGCCUUCCUGAGCGGUUUCUCGGCUGCGGUGGGCCAGUUCGUGCUUACCGCUAGUUUGCGCAUGCAGACCUUCUCUUCGACUUCGGCUGCGACGGUGGUGUCGGGUGGGAAAGGGGCGAAAGGGAAAGCUGCUGCUGCUGCUGCUGCUGCGCUGGGGAAUGAGACUGGGGGAAAUGGGAUUUCGCAUGAGAGGGCGUUCGCGGAUUACAUCUUCGGGAGUUUGAUCUUGCAUUUCUUCUGUAUCAAUUUCAUCAACUGAGCGGAUUCCGGUUUGGGGGGGUGGUUGAAGUUAGUGCGAUCGAGGAGUGGGAGAUUUGGGUUUGGGUGGGAUUUCGGAGAGUGGGUUUAGGACUACAGUAUCCAGAGGUUAAGAUCACUGCGGCUGGACUGGGCGCUUAGUGAAGGUUGCGGUUCGAAGAAGAUCCCUGGUGGACUUGGUGCUGUAACUCUGAUCUGUCUGAUCUGGUCUGGUCCGGCCCUUUCUGGUUGUAAAGUUAGUCGAAGGAAGCAAAAAAGAGUCGAUGGUGUCGACUAUCUAUUUUAGUUUCAUCCUCGAGAGGCACCUGAUUCCAAGCCAUGUUAGUACUCGAGAUUCCGUGGGAUCUACUUCCGUGAUUCAUUUAUUGCCGGGGCAACUUCAUGCAAGAGCCCGGCAACAUGCACACGGUUUCCGUUGAACUCUAG